AUGUUGGACGCCGGACCGGUGCAUCCCGGGCCCUCGGAACCUCUCCAUUUCCAUCCUAGCACUAGCGAAGCGAAGAAAGACAAUCCAUGUAAGGCGAAGAAGACAAGUUCAAGUUCACACCACCAACGGGUCCUCAAGCCCACAUUUCGGAUUCGCCAAUUCAGUACAGAACAAGAAUUCUUCGAGGAUUUUGGAGAAUACAGCAUAAUUCUUCCAGAGGAGCCUUUCGUGUUUGGUGUCUCGCAUAUAAGGCCGCGAACAGUGCCUGCACACAUUAAGAAACCACCAUAUGCUCUGCCAGGCGGCGAACAAGCUUUCGGUAUCCCCAAGCAAAACUCCGGAAAAAUACCACUCGGUGGCUUAGAGGAAAGUCUUCUUGAGCAAGCUGGCAGCUUGGCCAAGAAAGUGAGGCAGUUUGCGGGGAUUCAGGUGAAGAUUGGUGCUACGACCAAUGAAAUCGAUGCUGCAAUCCAUGACUUCAUAACCAAGUAUUCGGCGUAUCCCUCUCCGCUGUUAUACCAAGGUUUUCCACGUUCGUGCUGCACAAGUAUCAAUAACAUCGCUGUUCAUGGCAUCCCCGACGACCGAAAGCUCGAAAACGGCGACAUAAUCAACAUAGACGUAACCGUCUUUUUAAAUGGAUACCACGGCGAUACUUCAGAAACCUUCCUUGUCGGUGAUGUGGAUGAACUCGGGAAAGAACUCGUACAAGUCACCAACGAAGCCCUCAGGCGUGCAAUAGCCAUCUGUGGCCCUGGAAGACCAUUCAAAGACAUCGGGCGGACUAUCCACGAGUACCUCCUGGACAAGGACUACUCUGUUUCGUCUACUUUCACUGGGCAUGGGAUAGGCAGGGUGUUUCAUGAUAACCCUGCUAUUCUUCACCAUCUUAAUGAUGAACCAGGCGUCAUGGAACCUGGCCACUGCUUCACCAUCGAGCCUGUUAUUAUUCAGGGAAGAAAUCCGAAGGUGUGGAUAUUCCCAGAUGGGUGGACUGCUUCGACGGAGAACUGCGCACGGAGUGCCCAAGCUGAACAUAUGGUCUUAAUCACCAACGACGGCAUCAAAGUCCUUACUCGAUGA